AUGCCUGAUGGAGAGUAUGUUAUUGUUGAAGAAUUUGUGGAUGGCACAUUCACAAAAUAUAUUAAUAACGAUGGUGGAAUUUGUGAAAGCCAAGAGGAUGAAUUGGUACAGAAGGCUGAAUGCUUAACACAUUUUUCGUACAUUCAGUCAAAGAAGCAAGUUAUGGUAGUUGACAUUCAAGGAGUGGGAUUUAACUUGUUCGACCCGGAAAUUGCUUCUGCAGUUUUAGUAUCAGAAAGUGAGGUGAUGUUUGCAGCUGGUAAUUUAUCUGAGGUUGCUAUAGACAAUUUUAUAAGUAUCCAUACAUGCAAUAGGUAUUGCAGAUAUUUAAAUUUAGAAUCCAUUUAGAGCAAGUUUUUAUAACAUUGAAGACAUUAACAUUGAAGUUACUAGUAAAGAUAACUACAUCAGUGCAUGUAUUAUUUAUAAUAUUACUACAUAAAUUACUGUUGGUUUAUCCUGUUUAUGUUCUAAAAUCAAAGACACUUUCAAAUGAUUUGUUAAUAUAAGUUAUCAAACUGAUAGCUGGUUUGAAAUUGAUAUUUUAUGAAAAUAAAUCUGUACAAAUUUCUGGUGAACAGAUUUUAUGAUGUUUGUGAUAAAAACUACUGUCUGUAUUGUAUGAAAUUAUUUUGCAUUAUAGUUCAUUGAGACCCAUUUCUCCUAUGGACCGGCAAAAGGGAGUUAUAUCCCCUAA